ACUGAAGCUGACGGGUGUCCAGACUCCACUGGAGCGGAGCCGUUGCGGGCGUCCAGCUGCCAACUUUCUGCCUGGACCUCUGUCUCCUCAUUUUCCCGGUCUCCUCAGACCGAAGCCCUCGAGGUAUGUAACAGCCAUGCCUGUGGACACGCUGAGCCCGGGAGCCGCCGCCGCCCCCGCCCUACCUUUCCGCCUGCGCACCAAGGUCCCCGGCUACCUGCUACGGAGGCCAGCGGACGGCGGAGCCCGGAAACCGAGUGCUGUGGAGCGCCUGGAGGCCGACAAGGCCAAGUACGUCAAGAGCCUACAUGUGGCUAACACCCGCCAGGAACCCGUGCAGCCCCUGCUGUCCAAACAGCCACUCUUUAGCCCUGGGACUCGCCGCACAGUGCUCACGCCCAGCCGCCGAGCCCUGCCUGGCCCCGGCCGCCGGCCCCAGCUGGACCUGGACAUUCUUAACAGCCUCAUCAACUUGUGUGAUAGUCCCGUGUCCCCUGCCGAGGCCAGCCGUACUCCUGGACGGGCAGAGGGAGCUCGCCAGGCACCCCCAGCCACCCCUCCUCGCCCGCCGCCUACUACGGCUGCGGUCCGCCGAGUGGACGUCCGCCCCCUGCCUGCCUCACCUGCCCGGCCCUGCCCGUCACCGGGCGCUGCUGCCGCCUCCAGCCCGGCCCGGCCAUCGGGUUUGCAACGCUCCAAGUCAGACUUGAGCGAGCGCUUCUCUAGGGCAGCAGCUGACCUUGAGCGCUUUUUUAACUUCUGCGGCCUGGACCCAGAGGAGGCACGGGGAUUGGGUGUGGCCCACCUGGCACGGGCCAGCUCGGACAUCGUGUCCCUGGCCGGGCCCAGUGCUGGGCCGGGCAGCUCGGAGGGAGGAUGCUCCCGCCGCAGCUCCGCUACUGUUGAGGAGCGGGCCCGGGAGCGAGUCCCCUACGGCGUGUCGGUGGUAGAGCGCAACGCCCGCGUGAUUAAGUGGCUGUAUGGGUUACGGCAGGCACGGGAGACCCCAGCCGCUGAGGGCUAGGCCUUCGCUGAACUUGGAAUUCACCGCAGGACAGAUCUUAGAGAGGCAGUCGCCCGGUGACCUCUCUUGCAUCCAUUCCCUGGAUCUGGGCAGACAGGCUGUUCCCUUUGUGAACCUGGUGUAGAGGCAGAGGCUUAGAGGCUGGACCAGCAUCCUCUGGCAAGGACUGACCCUGGAGAGAGUUGCUCUUGACUUUGGAGCCCACCCCCACCCCCACAUACAAGGUUUUUGACAUGAGUGUACCCCUGCUUGGCUCCUCUUGCGGGGCUGCAUUUGGGGUGCUUCACCUUCCCCACCCACAGUGAGGGGCCAACGAAUCUCACCAAGCCUGUCUUGCCAGUGGCUCUGUUUCCUCUUUCCUUCCUUAUCCUCUGUACUUUGCUGACUUCCUCUUCCUUACCCAUUGGGUCCUGGUUCCCAGGAAUGUACCCUGGGGUGGGGGCAGGGAGGAGGGGGCUUAUCUACUGUUUUUCCUUGUCCUUGGCAGCUGGCCUAGGUAGGUAGACUACAGGAGGGACUGGUUAGGAGUCUUCACUGCUCUGACUUCCUUUCUCUUGGUUAAUAAACACAAAUGCUUGUUUCUCAAGG